UCUGCUGAACUUCCGGUGAAUAACUUUUCGACAAUGGCGUAGCUGCAAUGGACGUUCGUUGGCUGUUGCUCAGUCGCUUGGAAGUUUGCGGUAGCUUUAGAAUGAUCUGAUAUUUACUGUUGUGUUAUAUUCAAGCACGAAGUGAUGGAUCUGGUGCAGCGGGUGUUCACAUUUCUCACUUUUUUUGUUUGCUGCGGCUGUUUAGCGUUCCUCACAGUGUCACUUGCUACUCAGGAAUGGAUCGAGGCGAAGCCAGUUAUGUUAGUUUAUGUGAGCAAUAAUUCUAUACAACAAGCUGAAAACGAAGGGAAGUUCAAAGGAGAAGUGUCUUUUGGACUAUUUCAUGGCAAAAAGACGCUUAAUUAUGGACUGGGUCCUAGGCACUCAACUUUCAGCAUUAAAGAAGAGCUGCAGAAGAAUCCGACGCUAAUGGUCUUCGGCCUGUGGCUCGUGACUGUGCUGGGCAUUUCCUUGGCUGUUGUUUUCGGGCUCGUGAGCUGCAUUUUUGCGAUCGUCAACUCUGUGAUGACACCCGUAGAAGCCAUCACGGGAAGGGCCGGCCUGUACCUGUGGAAUACUGUCGGAGGUCUGUUUUGCCUGGUAGCGAUCAUUUCCUGGGUGGUGCAGUUCUACCUCAAGCUGAGCCACAACGUUAUGACUCAGGACGAGCAGAAUGACAAGUGGACUUCUGAAGGGCGGGCAUCGCUGGGCUACAGCUUUUAUUUUUUAGUGGUAGCCCUUGUGCUCUUUUCACUUAAUGUUUGCAUAUUGGUGGUGGCCAGUUUGCAGCCAUGGGGCUGGAAGAAGCCCAAACACAUCACGCCCAAAAAUCCUGAGGGUGUCAUCAUGCUCUACUGAUAUCACUGCCACCUACAAGUCGUCAGUCAUCGGGCAGCAAUCGCAUUUUAAGGUCAACGCAGCUACGUAUUUAGGUGCAGUGUCAAAAACUGCCCUUUUAUCAAUGGGCCAGGAUAAUGUAAUGAUUCUAUUCCUUUUCAUAUGGUCCAAGCAGUGCAGUGCCUGCAUAAUCGCCAGGAUUGGCUAGCCGUGGGCAGUGGAUAAGAAAAGAAGAGGUCAUUACAUUAUACCAUCCAUGGCUUGAGAUAUUGGUGCUUUGCAGUGGCCUUUGCUUGUGCAAGGUAGUUGCAUACAUAAUAUUGUCUCAAGUUUAAUUUUUGUAUUAAAUGUUUCGGUAGCUUUGAUAGUGUUUGUAGGCUUAAACAAUAUUGCAGUUAUUGCUGUGUACUGGUGGCGUCUAGCUGCCUUGAUUAAUAGUAUGUAAUAUUGCUUUCAAACGUUACCUUAUGCUUUGCAGUAUACCUUGGAACAGCGCUGACAGCCAAGCUUAUUGUAGAACAGCUUGUAAUCACAGUAGGAACCACAUACCUGCAGAUAUCGUCAUGCGCCAACUUCACAUUUCAUACUGUCCAAGUGCAAAUGGUUGACUUUUAUGCUGCGAGGCCAUUUUGUAAAUCUCAAAUGUUCCAGACGACUUGUUCAACCUAGCACUUUUUCAAUUUUUAGUAGUUCCAAAGUCAAGAAGUUUUUCUGCCUGUAGUAUGGCUUGGCAGAGGAGGAUGUGAACACUUGUGCCUUGUUUCAACGGGUCAGAGAAGGGUGUUUGUACAUUGACACCAUAUUGCAACAAAGAGCUCAUGCUGGAAAAUUUCAUGUUGCAAGUAAUAGCUUGCUCAGUUAAAGUGUGCUGUCAAGUUGCAUUUAAAAGGCACCAUACAAUGCCUUUCUUGAAGCCCACAGUGGAAACUGAGUGAACACAGUAUUGUUCUAAAUCUUCUCUGUGCACUGAUAAUUGCAUGAAAGGUGUCCGUCCAAGUGGAGUUGAUCUUCACAAAGCUUCAAGAGCAUACGAGUAGCAUGUUCUAAUGACAUUUUCACACUUGCUCUUAAGAGUGCACUUUUUUUUAUACCGUGAAAGUCCACCAGACAAAGGUGCCAUUUUUGUACCAUGUACAUUCCAUCUCACCUAUUUAAGCAUACUAACGUCUGCCUCCAAUUUUCAAGGCACAUUUUUAAUGCUAGCUUUCAUAAUGUUUUGAUACAGUUACGUAUUUACAUGCAAAAUAAAGUUUGUACAUUUUGCAUCAA